AUGUCUGAGCCGCCUUCGACUCGCGUUCAGACCCCAGAUGUCGACUCCUCAGAAGUCCAAAGAACCGCUCACGUCCAAUCCCUCAUGGACCGUCUGCGCGCCAAAAGCCCCAUCUACAACUUCGUCAUGUCCUCGGCGCAACUCAUCAGCACAACGCAGGGCAGCGUAACAACACGCCUCGUACUGAAUGAGAACCAUCUAAACAGCAGUGGAAACUUGCACGGCGCUGUAUCAGCUACCAUCAUUGAUUUCACAACCGGUCUGGCUAUUGCGAGUUGGGAUUUGAGGGAGACGACUGGUGCGAGUGUGGAUAUGCAUAUUAGUUAUCCGAGCACUGCGAAGUUGGGAGAUACGGUUGAGAUUGUCUCGACGGCGGAUAAAGUUGGGGGCAGUGUGGCGUUUACGUCGAUUAGGAUAUCCAAGGUUGAGAAGGAUGGGGGGUUCAAGUUGGUUACGCUUGGACAGCAUACUAAACUCAUUAGAUCUGCUGAGAGAAACGAUGGCUCCUCACUCGACGAUUGA